CUGAUUCGGGACGGGUGAGACGCCUGGGGGGGGGGGAGAACCACGUGACGCCGGGCGCCGCCGGCUGUGCGACCCCUGCGAGUCUCCUCCCAGCGCCCCCGCCCCGCCCCGCCCCGCCCCGCCGCGCCCGGCGUGUGCGCAGGGCGGCCGGCAGUUGUUCAGGCCGUUGGCGCAGCGCGGGCUUUCUGGAAGCCUCGGGGUUGCGCGGCCGGGGGCGGGCGCGGGGGCGCGGUGCCCGAGCCCCGAGCGCGCCCCUGGCGGCGUCCUGUUGGGAGGGCGCGGAGGGUCGCGGGUGGUGCGCAGCGGGCGGGCGUGUGGGGCCCGGGGCCAGAGCCGGGCGCGCCGGGGGCCCCCGCAGAGUGCCUUCCGAGUAGUGAGUGGCGACGGGAAGACCCGGGAAGGGACGCGGCCGCGACGGCGCUUGUCUCCCCACGCCGGUCCUCCGGCGGCGAGCGACGCGCGGGGAAGAUGCUCGAGGUGCUGGUGCUGAAGAUUGAAGAUCCAGGAUGCUUCUGGGUUAUGAUAAAAGGAUGUAGUCCGUUUUUAGAUCAUGAAGUUGAUUACCAAAAACUAAAUAGUGCCAUGAAUGACUUCUAUAAUAGCAUGUGUCAAGAUACAGAAAUAAAACCGUUAAUGUUGGAAGAAGGGCAGGUCUGUGUGGUGUAUUGUCAGGAACUGAAGUGCUGGUGCAGGGCUGUUAUUAAGUCCAUUGUGUCUUCGGCAGACCAUUACCUGGCAGAAUGUUUCCUUGUGGAUUUUGCCAAGUACAUCCCAGUGAAAUCUAAAAACAUCCGAGUUGCAGUAGAAACUUUUAUGCAGCUUCCCUACCGGGCGAAAAAAUUCAGGCUGUAUUGCACGAAGCCUGUUACAUUACACAUUGACUUCUGUGAAGACAGCGCUGAGAUUGUGCCUGCCAAGAAGUGGGACAGCGCAGCUAUUCAGUACUUCCAGAACAUCCUAAAAGCAACCACCCAGGUGGAAGCCAAAUUGUGUGCCGUGGAAGAAGAUACUUUUGAGGUCUACCUUUAUGCAACUAUAAGAAAUGAAAAAGUCUGUGUUAAUGAUGAUCUGGUUGCGAAGAACUUCGCUCGUUACGUAUCACCCAAGGAGAAUAAAAACGUUGAUUCUGUAGAGAAAUCAAGAUUGAGUAUAAAGUCAGCAUCCUUUUCCAGUAAACUCAAUCCAGCGCUUACUCUUUGGCCAAUGUUUUUGCAAGGAAAAGAUCUGCAAGGAAUGGAAAAUUCACGUGGUUUAACUUUUCUGGCUCAGUCCCUCCAGCAUCCGGGGCCCAAGGGUGGUGUUGGUGACCUUGGGCCAGCUGCUAUGUAUCUGGAUAAAACUAUAAAAUGUAAUCUGGAUUCAUUGAGAAGUUCACCUAAAAAAAAGUCUGAAAAGAAACAACAGUGCAUCUCUUUGAAAGAUUGUGUUGAAUCCUCCAUGUACUGGCCAACAAAGAGGGGGAUAACCAUAUAUGCUGAGCCAGAUACACCAGCAGCAAGCGCUUUAUGUCAGAGACCAAAUGAGAAACCACUUAGGUUGGCCGAGAAGAAAGAACACAAUGAGAAGAAUGGCUGUGUGAAAUUGUUGCAGUUUUUAAAUCCUGAUCCUUUGAGAACUGAUGGGAUCUCUGAUCUACAGCAGUUGCAGAGGCUGCGGUCCGGCUCCCAGCAGCCCUUGGCCGUGCUCAGGCACAAGAUCGAGCCUUGUUUGUCCGUUGAUGCGUCGCCGCUUUCGGCAGACGUGAGAAAGGCUCUUCAAAGAAACAAGUUCCCAGGACCUAGCCACACGGAAUCCUACUCUUGGCCUCCCAUAGCCCGGGGCUGUGACGUGGUGGUCAUCUCUCACUGUGGAAAUGAUCCUCUGCUGUACCUCCCACCAGUCCUUACAAUUCUGCAAACGGGGGGCUGCUACAAGUCUUUACCAAGUAGAAAUGGACCUCUGGCAGUCAUCGUGUGCCCUGGGUGGAAAAAGGCCCAAUUUACUUUUGAAUUACUGGAAGACUAUAGCACAUCCUCCAGGCCUCUUCAUCCCAUAUUGUUAACAAUCGGACUCCACAAAGAUGAAGCCAAAAACAUGAAGCUUCCAAGGGGGUGUGACAUCAUUGUUACAACACCCCACAGCCUCCUGAGACUUCUCAAAUACCAAAGCUUGUUAUUUCUUAGACUCUGUCACCUCAUCUUGGAUGAGGUGGAAGUGUUAUUCUUUGAAGCUACUGAAGAAAUGUUUGCUAUAUUAGAUAACUUUAAAAAAAAUAUUGACGUUGAAGAAAGGGAAUCUGCACCACAUCAGAUGGUUGCUGUCGGCGUUCAUUGGAGCAGACAUAUAGAGCAGUUGGUCAAAGAGUUCAUGAACGACCCCUACAUCGUGGUCACAGCCAUGGAAGAGGCUGCUCUCUAUGGCAGCGUCCAGCAGGUAGUACACCUUUGCCUAGAAUGUGAAAAAACCUCUACUUUACUCCAGAUUUUAGAUUUCAUUCCAAGUCAAGCACAAAAGACCUUGAUCUUCACCGGUUCUGUAGCUGAAACAGAAAUAGUGUGUAAGGUAGUAGAAAGCAGUUCAAUAUUUUGCUUGAAAAUGCAUAAAGAAAUGGUUUUUAAUUUAAAAAGUGUUUUAGAACAGUGGAAGAAGAAGUUAAGUUCUGGCUCUCACAUUGUAUUAGCCUUAACGGAUGAUUGCAUACCACUCCUGACCAUCACUGAUGCCACGUGUGUGAUCCACUUCAGCUUUCCUUCCUCCCCCAAAAUCUUUGGUGGACGCCUGUACUGCAUGUCUGGUCGUUUUCAGAGUUCCACCGAGCAGGGUUCUCCUGCGGAACAGGGAGAUAAGAAGACCAAAUCCGUGUUGCUGCUGACAGAGAGGAAUGCGUGCCACGCGGUCGGCGUCCUGCGCUACCUGGAGCGGACAGAUGCCAAGAUUCCCUCGGAGCUGUAUGAGUUUACUGCCGGGGUUCUGGAAGCCAAAGAAGAUAAAAAAGCCAGAAGGCCUCUUUGUCCGUAUCUUAAGGCUUUUGGUUUUUGCAAAGACAAAAGGAUCUGUCCUGAUAGACACCAUGUUAAUCCAGAAAUAGAUAUGCCAAGGAAAUUAUCCAAUCAAACUCUACCAACAUUUGGAUACAUCAAAAUAAUACCCUUUUAUAUUUCGAAUGCAACGCAUUAUUUUGGUCGUAUAAUUGAUAAACAAGUGGAUCUUUAUGCAACUCUUAAUGCUGAAAUGAAUGAGUAUUUUAAGGGUAACAGCAAUAAAACGACUGUUGAAAAGGUGGAGAAACUCGGAUUAUAUGGAUUAGCAGAAAAAACACUUUAUCACAGGGUUGAGGUGCUGGAGCUGAGCCAAAAAGAAGACACCUGGGGUCCAGACAGUGUCCUUGUGAAGUUUAUAGAUGAAGGCCGGACUGGACUCGUCCCGAGAGACCAGCUGCUGCAUCUUCCGGAAAAUUUCCACGCUCUGCCCCCCCAGGCGGUGGAGUUCAUUGUUUGCAGAGUGAAACCCGCUGACAAUGAAGUUGAGUGGAAUCCAAAGGUUACUAGGUACAUUCAUCGUAAAAUUAUUGGAAAAUUGCAUGAUGCCAAAGUGAUAUUGGCUUUAGGAAAUACAGUGUGGAUCGAUCCAAUGGUGCACAUUACAAAACUUUCAAAUUUGAAGACCUCUGUUAUUGACUAUAAUGUUCGUACUGAAAUUUUGUCGAUGGGAAUGGGCAUUGACAACUCGGAGCAUAUAGAACAGCUGAAGACGUUACACGAAAGAGCUAAAAUGCCACCUGAUGAAGAAAGCCUGAGCCAGGCCCUGGCGCCUUCUCCAGCAGAAGAUGCUGCUCGUCCGCAGAGCCCACAGCAGGAGGACAGAGGCUCGGAAAGAGGUGCCGACUCCGGGGCAAAGCCGGAAAACCAAAAGCAUGAAACUUCACCUGAAAACACAAGUGAUUCUCCCCUUCACAGAACCACAGAGCCUCUGAAAACCUUCCACCCACAGAUAAAAUGGUUCCAAAAAGAUGAUGUGGUCAUACUGAAGAUAAGAAUAAGGAACGUAAAAGAUUACAAAUGUAAAUAUUUCCAAGAUAGAGUCGUUUUCAGUGGCUGGGCGGGAGAGAAGUUUUACUUGGCUGACAUGGAGCUGCGGGCCAGCAUAGUAAAGGACGCCUGCAAGUGCGCGAUCACAAACGGGGAGCCUGUGAUCACUCUUGCCAAAGAGACCAGGGGAUCUUGGUGCAGCUUACUCAAACAGAGGAAUCCUAAUGUGGCUUUUGAUUUCGAUCACUGGGAAGAAUGUGAAGAGGACAGCCAGUUCCCCCAGGUUGUGAAUUCUAAAAACCUGCCGUGCAAAGUGGCAGAGGGGGCUGAGGACAGUGACCGGACAUCGGAGGAUGACGGAAGUGAGAGUGAAUGAGCACAAGUCCGAUCCGGAAGGGUGGCCCAAACUGCACACGGACAGAUGGACACGUCGUGUGGCUGGGAGCUCAGGAAACAAGCAGUCACGGCCAGACCUGUCUUUGACUUAAGGAUAAAUUCUGACCAGACGUCAUCCUGGGGCACUGGGAUUGGUACUGGUGAGAGACGGGGUGCGGGGACUCUGGGGUGUGGGCUCUGGUCUGACCCGGGCCCAGAGUCCACCUGCACCGCCUCUCGCACGUAGCCUGUCCCCACACACUCACCCUGAGGGGCGGGGAGCACAGUGUGCCAUUUGGGGGAUGAAUUGUCCUUUCCGGAGACUCUAGUCUGUUCACUUUUUCCCGGAGACCUGGCUGGUACCUUGCCAAAACCCUGGUGUUGUGCAUAUAAAUUGAGGUUUCUGGGUUACGACUUCGUGCUUUCUACCCCGAGCUUGUUGGGAUUCAACAGAACGACCUGUGGACCUGUACUUGCAGUAUUCUGGGGAGACUGGGGGCAACCCGCAGAUCGAGCGGGGUCACCUCGGCCGUCAACAGCCAGACCCAUGGCUUCUGGAUGUAGAGCUGCUGCUUCUGAAGCCCCGCCUGGCCCUGCACCGUCCUGGGCACUCGGGACAAAGAUUUCUCCUCGGUGGAAACAGAAGAGGACGUGGGGGGCGCCUGGAGGCGACCCUCAGAACAGCUGGGUGUGGGGAGCCCUCGCAGCACCCAGGACGCCGUCCGGGCGUGGGCCCCUGACUGCGGGAGCGCCCCGAGCCGGACCUGCCGUGGUAGCCAGAAGAGCUGCAGAGCGGAGCGAAAUGUCAGCCCUGUGUCUGUGUUCAGUAGGAGGCAGCAGCCUUGCCUAGAGGCCGGAAAGAAGGGUGCCCGAGCGUGACCAUCGUGACUGCCCCCACGACC